CAGAUAUGGCAGCAGUCCUUGAUGCCCACUGCAGCCUUUAUGACGUGCUGCAAGCAAAAGAGGACGCCACAGUGGAUGAGAUCAAAGCAGCCUUCAAGAGACGAGCGCUGGAAGUGCAUCCCGACAAAGGUGGCAGUAAGGAGGCCUUUCACCGGGUUUACCAGGCGUUUGAAACACUUUCAGACGCCAAAGCGCGGCAGAAGUAUGACCAGCUGAGGAGAAUGGGACAGCUGGGGGUUUCAGUCUCCAAGGUCCCAGCAAAGGGGACGCCCAACUGCGGAGCAAAGGCUGAGUCAGCUGGUCCUUGCUUUGCCCAGUCAAAAUCUGGUGGAAGCUCUGCUGGUGGCGUGCAGCAAGCUGCAGAGUACAAAGCCAGGUUGAUGGCUAAAAUCCAUGAUUUGUUGAAGCAAAUGCCUCGGGAUGUUCGUUAUAAAGUGAUCAGCAAGGAGUUUUCCGAGCAGCAGCGCGUGCUUCUGCAAGAGUGGAUGGUGGAUUUUGCGGAGAAAGAAAGUGUGCCAAUUGAUCCUCAAAGAGCUCCACAACAGGCUGCAACAAAAACAGGGCAAAAGAGGUGUAAAACGAAACCAAAGACUUCCAGGAGAACGAUUUCCGGUACAAGAGGAGUAGUCUCGAAUCAUAGCUACUACAUGGCUUCUGUUUGUUGGGAUGGGAUACAAAUCAAUAGUCGGUGCUGCGACUUGGCAACAGCUUUGGAAUAUUUGGUUAUCCUCACAUCUACCCAGCACAAGAUGCAGGAAGACACGCAGUGGCAAGGUGCUUUUGCGGAGCAUUUGGAGCAAACAUUGAGAUCUUCAGCGGAAGAGCAUGGUAGGACACUGGAGGAAAUCAAGGUGCGUUUCCGCACUUAUCUGAUUGCAGGAAUGUUUAUUGGACGUUACCAAGUUUACUCGCCCUUUGUGCACACUUACGAGGACUUGCAAGAACUUCGACAUUGCAUGGAGCCCGUUCGGGCAUUCAGAAAGAAUUACGGUGGCAAUUUCUUUAAGAGUAUUUCCCCAUCCGAGUUUCAGGAUUACUGGGAACAGUUCCAAGGAGUGGUGGCUGGCAUGUUUCAAGUGGCAGGACGUGACACCAAGCAGCCCCUACUUCGGAUUCGCACCUGGUAUGAUGCACGACGACAUGUACGAGCCAAGUACUUGCAGCAAUGGGAGAGACAUUUCAUGUCCAGAGAGGACAAGAAAAAACAUAUGCCCCUGCAUAUCAGAUGUUUGUCGAGAAAUUACAAAAAGUGGCGAAAUCCUUUGGCAGAUAACUUGGCAGCCUUGAAGCCUCUGCUUGUGAGAUGGCAAAACAUCCUCCAGAAGGAGGCCCAAGACUUGGAGAAGCAGCGCCGGCAAGUUGUGCAACAGCGAAAGAGAGAGCGCGAGGCUCAGAGAGAAGCGCGUUGGAAGAGGAUGCACGAUCCACAUCUCACCAUGGAUGAUAUCCUUGGUCCACCCAAGCAUCCGGCAGAGCCAGACAAAAAGACUUUGGUUUUUGCACUGUUCACUUGGCCCUGCUUUGCAUGUCCAGAUAUGGCAGCGUUUUUUUCCAACGGCAGCACUCUCUAUGACGUGCUGCAUGCGAACGAGGACGCCACUGUGGAUGAGAUCAAAGCAGCCUUCAAGAGACGGGCACUGGAAGUGCAUCCCGACAAAGGUGGCAGUAAGGAGGCCUUUCAUCGGGUCUACCAGGCUUUUGUGACGCUCUCCAAUGGCAAAGCGCGCCAGAAGUAUGACAAUCAGCUCAGGGGAAGGGGGCAGCCGGUGUCACGGUCACAAGUACAGGCAACAGCAACUUCCAACGGAGGCAGAACGACGGCCAAGACUCAGGGAGAAUCUGGUGGCGCCUCUGGCAGCUCUGGUGGAGUGCAGCAGGCUGCAAGCUACAAAACGAGGUUGAUGAAGAGAAUCCAUGCUUUGUUGACACAAAUGCCUCGGGAUGUCAGAUUUGAAGCGAUCAGCAAGGAGUUUUCACAGAAGCAGCGAGUGCUUCUGCAAAAAUGGAUGGCGGAUUUUGCGGAAAAAGAUGUGCCAGCUGACCCUCAGGAAACUGCACGACAGGCUGCCAAAAGAACAGGACCAAAAAGACGCAAAACCAAAGCAAAGACUUCCAAGAGGACAGCUUCUGGCAUAAAAGGCGUUUCCUCCACAGGUGGCUACUACACGGCUGGUGUCGGUCUGGAUUGGAUACAAAUCAAUAGUCGGUGCUGCGAUUUGGCAACAGCUUUGGAAUAUUUGGUUAUCCUCACAUCUACUAGGCACAAGCUGCAAGAACACACGCGGUGGCAAGGUGCUUUUGAGGAGCACCUAGAACAAACCCUGACAGCUUCAGCUGCAGAGCAUGGAAGGACAUUGGAGGAGCUAAAGGUGCGUUUCCGUGUCAUUCUUCUUGGAGGAAUGUUUAUUGGAGAAAACCAAGUUUGCUCGCCCAUUGUUCACAGUUUCGAAAGUUUGGGCAAGCUUCGACAAUGCAUGGAGCCCGUUCGGGCAUUCAGAAACAUUUCUGGUGGCAAUUUCUUUAAGAGUAUUUCCCCAUCCGAGUUUCAGGAUCGCUGGGAACAGUUUCAAAAGUCAGUGGCUGGCAUGUUUCAAGUGGUAGGACGUGACACCAAGCAGCCCCUACUUAGGGUUCGCACCUGGUAUGAUGCACGCCGACAUGUACGAGCCAAGUACUUGCAGCAAUGGGAGAGACAUUCCAUGGCCUUCCACGACAAGAAAAAACACAGAUUUUUGACAAACACAUACAGAUUUUGGAAAAGAUCAAAAAAGUGGCGAAAUCCUUUGGCAGAUAACUUGGCAGCCUUGAAGCCUCUGCUUGUGAGAUGGCAAAUCGUUCUUCAGAAGGAGGCCCAAGACUUGGAGAAGCAGCGCCGGCAAGUUGUGCAACAGCGAAAGAGAGCGCGCGAGGCUCAGAGAGAAGCGCGUUGGAAGAGGAUGAACGAUCCAAAUCUCACCAUGGAUGAUAUCCUUGGUCCACCCAAGCAUCCGGCAGAGCCAGACAAAAAGACUUUGGUUUUGGGUCUUGCUGCUUGA